AUGGGUCCUCCUCCUCCAAGAAAUCCCAAUACCGACGCUGCCUCCACCACCUCCACCGAUGCUGUCUCCACCACAGAACUCGAACCCGAAUCUAAAAUCUCAGCUAUCGACGAACCACCACAAAUCUCCUCCACACCAACAGCUGCAAAACCAUCCAUGGCUCCACCACCUUUCAAAAAUCCUAAUUCCACACCACGAGAAACCUCUACAGAGCAAGAGAAAACAAAAUCAAAGAAUCCAUCUGUGCCGUACACAAUUCCAGAAUGGAGUGCGCCACCUUGUCAUAAAUUCUCCCUCGAGAUUCUCAAAGAUGGCUCCAUUAUUGAUCAACUCGAUGUUUGCCAUAAAGGUGCUUACAUGUUUGGCCGUGUGGAGCUCUGCGAUUUCAUUCUCGAGCACUCUACUAUCUCUCGCUUCCACGCCGUUCUCCAGUUCAAAAGAAAUGGAGAUGCCUAUCUUUACGACCUCGGCAGCACUCAUGGCACCUUCAUUAACAAGAGUCAGGUGGAGAAGAGAGUUCACGUGGCAUUACAUGUUGGUGAUGUUAUUCGAUUUGGCCAAUCGUCUCGAUUGUACAUUUUUCAAGGGCCGCCUGACUUGAUGCCACCGGAAGCUGACCGGAAAAUUCUUAGAGAUGCUAAGAUCCGGCUAGAGAUGCAAGAUCGGGAAGCCUCACUUCAACGAGCAAGGUUGGAAGCAUCUCUUGCUGAUGGUAUCUCAUGGGGCAUGGGAGAAGAUGCUAUUGAAGAAGCAGAGGAUGAUGGUGAUGAAGUAACAUGGCAAACCUACAAAGGGCAACUUACAGAGAAGCAGGAAAAAACCCGUGAUAAAAUAAUAAAACGAACAGAAAAGAUUGCUCAUAUGAAGAAAGAAAUAGAUGCCAUUCGUGCUAAAGACAUUGCACAAGGUGGAUUAACACAAGGUCAGCAAACUCAGAUUGCACGCAAUGAACAAAGAAUAACGCAGAUAAUGGAAGAACUAGAAAACUUGGAAGAGACUCUUAAUGAAAGUAUCCAGGAAAGCAUUGGGGCACGUUCUGGAAAGAUAUCUCGUGGUAAAGGAAAGGGAACAACAGAAGAUGAUGAAGGUUUUUCAAGUGAUGAUGACGAAUUCUAUGACCGAACAAAGAAACCAUCAACGCAAAAAGCUGGUGAAAAUCAAUCAAUUGAAACUGCUGACACUCUUCUUGACAAGAGAGAUGCUAUUAUGAAACAAAUGGAAGACAAAAAAGAAUUGCUUUCUAUCGAGAAGAAUAAAUUGGCAUCAGAAAAUACAGUCGAGAAUGAAGCUGGAGAUGCACUUGAUGCUUACAUGUCAGGGCUUUCAUCUCAGCUAGUGCUGGAUAAAGCUGUGCAACUCGAAAAGGAGCUAUCCUCUCUACAAUCUGAACUAGACAGGAUCUUGUUCCUAUUAAAGAUUGCUGAUCCAUCAGGAGAAGCUGCUCAGAAAAGGGAUUCAAAAGUGCAUGAUAUGAAACUUGAUAAAGCAGAGACACAGAAAACUGAAGAUGCUGUGGUUGCUAAAAUGGAAUCAAAUGAUGUGCCAGAAACUGAGAAGAUUGUCAUUGAUGCUCCUGAUGACAAACCUGCUGUUUAUACUGUUGUAAAACCCCAAUGGCUAGGUGCUGUAGACAAAGGGGAAAUAGAAGAGACCCAACAACAAGAGGUGUUGAUCAUGGAUGAGUCUGAUCAGUUUGUGGAUUACAAAGAGAGGCAGAAAAUUCUGGGUAAUGAUGAAGGUGCGCAGGUUAAAGUGGAUUCAGAGAUCGAAAGUGCUGCUCCUGGUCUGAUAAUAAGGAAACGGAAGGGAGCUGAUGCGCCUGGAGCUAAUGAUAAUGAAGCUUCUGAACAAUCAACAUCAUCAUCUGCGGGAGCAGAGCUCUUGGCAGAAGAUGCUGUUGCACUGUUACUGAAACAUAAAAGAGGAUACCAUGCAGAAGAUGAAGAAGGAAAUCAUCAAAGCCAAGAGAUAUCUGGCACAAAUCAACGCAGCAAGGAAAAGAAAAGGCCAAAAAGAGUGCUUGGCCCAGAGAAACCCUCGUUUCUCAGUAGCAACUCAGAUUAUGAAACCUGGGUACCACCUGAAGGGCAAUCAGGUGAUGGACGAACCUCUCUAAAUGAUCGUUACGGAUACUGA